AGUUAUGCUACACGCAUACAUACGUACCCAACAUGCAUUCCUACCUAGGUGCCUUUCAAAUUACCCUCGGUCUAAGCAAUCCCGGGCGGGAGAGAUGCGCAGGACUUUGCAGACAUGCCACUUCGGAGAUGCAUGUUAUACGGAGCAGGAUGUGUGUCUGCUUCGUGAUAUUUAGCCAAUCAUCAAAUUUUAGACUGUCGCUAUAUAUGUACGCCGGCAGCACGGACGGACGUACGUGUGUAUGGGUGCAUGUAAGUGGGCAGAAAAUUUUCCCCUCCGUCUGGCUUCUGGGCUGCCCAUCGUUGACGAUGAGGGACGGGGCGGGGGGGGGGGGGAUGGGCAUGGACGGAUGGGCCGUCGCAUUUCCAGAGAAGGGGAGGGGAGCGAAGUGAAGAGUCGAAUCAGAGGAUGGCGAAGAGGACGCGCUGACACGGUGAUUACCUGCGUGGGUGAUCGGCAUCUAAGCCUGGGAUUGUUAGCUGGGCAGUCCUAUUUGCGAGAUGGAGAAGCCAUCAGGAGAGGAACCAGCAAAUAUCUGGCCGUCCCCUUGCAAGCUGCUUGCUGCCAGCCGUUGUUGGGUGGCCAACGGAUGUCUCUCGUGCCCAACUCUCUCGCUUCUCUUUGCUCGCCCUAUGUGUGCGCUUCUGCCAAUCCGCCUCUGCCUCUUUCUGCUUAUCGUUCUUGUCUCUCUUCGUUGUCUCUCUCUUAUCUCUCUAUCUCGCCAAUCCUCUCCGUCCUCCUCGCUCUUACACACACACACACACGCACACAUACACGCACACAUACACACAUACACACCACGCACCGCAUAUGCCUCCGUACCAUGCCUCCCUCCUCGUCACAUAUCACGUACCCUCGGCCCUCCCCUCCCUUUCCUGAUCCGAGAUGGGGGAAGGCUUUGAGGCUCGCGAAAUCCGAUCCGAGCGAGAUUGUGGGCGUCUCCUCGAAACGGCCAGGUGCAGGCUGCCCCUUCAAAUCCCAAGAGAGAGCCGGGCCAGAAGCGCCGGCGUCUUGGUUCCGGGAACGUGGUCCGGCUGGGACUACCGCCGCUGCUAGUGCUAUGGGUGGCCUGCCGUCCUUCCUGUGCUACCCAGGAUGCAAGACACGGCCGAUGCCAUUCAGGAUCGGUUCCAACCAGCGCGCGGUACCUACCUGGACCUACGUGUGUACAUCCGUUCCGUAUGGGUGCCCCCGUUCGUUAUCGCUGCGUAGGACUGUGGACCGCAACGCUCCCAUACAGGUGAUAUAUAUAUAUUAUCACCAUACAUGCACAUAUUAUUUACCCUCACCAAUAUAUAUGUAUAUAUAUACACGCACGCACACACACAUACACACAUACACACACACAUACAUAUAUAUAUAUAUAUCCAAUUAGUGUCUCCUCGUAUGGGCACGACAACAAGUCCUCGAUAACCUUGCUGCCAUUCACAAUAUGGCUAUUCGAAUCACGACAUAACGGGUGAUACUAUCGACACCUUAAUGCCUGGUGGAGAGCGCCGGUGUUCUAUCCCCAUCUCGCGGGAGCGCCCGCCCCCCGGCCAUCAGCAGGUUAUGGGGGGUUUUUUUUUUUCUUUUUUUUCUU